GUUCCCGCGGCAGAGCCGAGUCUGUUUUGGUGGUCCGCUGAGGAGCACGAGAAACUCCUGCGGUUUUGGGAAACUUACAUUUUGAUAAUGGAAACUCUGGAAGGAAACCAGAUCCAUGUCAUAAAGCCAGUGUUACCAAAACUAAACAGUUUGUAUGACCACGCUAUAUCAGGGGAAAAAGGUUGUUGGUUGUUUCACCCAUCAUGGCACAUGUGCAUCUAUAAACGAAUGUUUGAGAGCGAGAAUAAAACAUUGACGAAGGAAGGCAUUCUUCAUUUUCUGGAGCUUUAUGAAACGAGGCAUCUUCCAAAUUCACUUGGGUUUUUGGAGUUUGUUAUUGGACCGCUAAUGGAUGCCCUCUCAGAAAGUUCCCUCUAUAGUAGGACACCAGGUCAGUUAACGGGAGCCUGUCCUCCUUUGGCAAUGAGGCUACAGAAGUUUUUGGCUACAUAUCUCACGCUUCUUCCACAGGAAGAAAAAGGUAGUUUCCUGUUAAAGUUUAUUCAGAAGAUGACAAGUAGGCAUUGGUGUGCUGUUCCCAUUUUUUUUCUUUCUAUGGCUCUGGCAUAUAUCCCUGCAUGUAAAGUACUGGGCGCUGAAGGACUUCAUGCUCUAAGAGAUGUCCUUCAGUGUACUAUGAUUACACAUCAGAUUUUGUUGCGUGGAGCUGCUCAGUGCUAUCUUCUUCAAACAGCUAUGCAUUUGACGGACGUGGAGAAAGUGUCCCUCCCAGAAGUUGCAAGCUUUCUUCUGUCCCUUAGACCAGAGGAGUCUCUAAGGAGAGAUACUGUGUUAUGGAUAGAGCUUUGCAGUUGGUUAAGAGUGAAUGAUGGAUGCUUCAGAAAAUCGAUGACCCAUGAUUUUGAACAUCAAGAGACAUCAUCUUUAUGUCAAUAUGUACGCAGUCUUGUGGGAGAGUAUCUUAAGACACCAGCAUCUGAAAGAGAAAAUUGCUUUAUGCCUGACUGGUUUGAAGCUAAGCUUGUCGCAACAGUGAUUCUGUUGGCUGCAGACGUGGAGCAGAUGAGGAAUAAAUACAGUGGAAAAAGCAACAUAGAAUGGAUUGAACUAGAGGCUUUCUUGAACCCUCUUCUGGAUGUCUUGAUGAAACUUGGCAGUAAUGCUUACAUACCAACACUGAAAACAGAUAAAAGCCUACAGCUUCUCUUGACGUUAUUGCAGACCCGUUCGUUAAAAUGUUCCAAUAUACAAGAUGAUGUGGUAUUGUUUUUUAUCUGGAAAUAUCUAAUGACACCUGUGGAGAGCGUCCUUGAAUUUGUUCUCCGGCGGCUUACUACAAAUGAGUUAAGCACUGUUGGUGAUCUGGAUCGUUGUGAUCUAUACUUAGCUUUAAUUCCAGAGAUAGUGAAUUUGUGCUUGCAAGUCAGCUGGAAGAAAGUAUCAUCUAUCAAGAAUUUCAUUUUGUCCCUGACAAAUGCAUCUAUUCGUAAUCUUCAGGAGAGAAACUGUGAAGAGGAGCCAAAGCUUAAAGGACAAAUUAAAAAAGUGGCUAGCAUGGCUUCACUUACAGCAGUUUGUGAGAUAAUGGAUCGGAAACCUGAAGUACACCUUGAAUCUCUGCCUUCUGUGGAUGCUCUGAAGAGAUUUAUUUCCUUUUCCCAAUUCAAUGAAGUAUUAAAGAAGCCAUCUUAUAUUGAAGAAAAAAGUAGCUUAUGUGAAGAAACAACAUCUCAAGGAUGGGGGAGAAUUGUUGCACGCUAUGUUCGUGACCAGUGGAUUUGCCUUCGUUUCAUUUUAAAUUCAUUUCCAACACUGGCUCAGGACUAUGAAGAAACUUCAGAAAUGUCAUUAUCUACAAUUGAAAGGUCAAGAAAAAUUCUAGAGUCUGCCUUAGAAGCCCUAACUAUUCUUCCUUCAGACCAAGUUUUACCUGUGUUCGACUGCAUGAAGGUCCUUGUUCCCAAGCUUCUGGACUCAGCAGAGUCUCUCUGCAUAGAAGCAUUUGAUUUGACUUGGAAAAUUACAUCCUCUUUGAGCAACACACAGCUAAUAUUUUGGUCCAAUCUAAAAGCUUUCGUUCAAUUCGUCUUUGAUACUGAGGUUCUAGCUGUUGCUGCAAGUGCAAAGGGUCAAGCAUAUGCCAAAAUAAAAGAGAUAAUUUUCAAGCUCAUAGAUAUGUCUACUACAAAGACUGGAGUCUUCAAUGUAGUCCUUAGUCAUUGUUGUCGAUCUUGGAUAUUUCCCACUGUUGAUGAGAGAAGUGCCUUGACAAAUGCCUUCUUAAAUGCUGGAAAUUAUUGUGAACUUAUCACUGAGGCUUGUGUCUUUGGAACUGUAUUUAGGAAAGAUCAGAGACUUAAUCAGGAUGUGCAUGCCUUCGUAGAAAAUCUUGGAGAAAAAUGUGCAGCAAAUGUUGUUACAGAAAGUUCAAAUAGAGAUGAUCACUACGUUCGGGUUUGUGCUAUUAAAUUUCUGUGCCUGUUGGAUGGAUCUGAUAUCUUGCAUAAGACGUUUAUAGAAGACAUUUUCAUCAAACUGCUUGAUAAAGAUGAACUGGUAUCCAGAUCUAGGACACGCUAUUAUGCAAACUCUUUACAGCAUAGAAUUAAAACCCGGGUAUGGCAGACACUCUUAGUUCUUCUUCUGAAGCUUGACCAGAAUUUUUUGUGUGGUACCCUUGACAAAGUUUUCCAGGCUGGAUUUGGUAACAAUCAGGCAUCUGUGAAAUACUUCAUAGAAUGGAUUGUUAUCUUGAGUCUACACAAAUACCCCCAAUUCCUUGAUAAAUUUUGGGAUUGCUUUUGCUAUGAUGAAGAAAAGCUUAAAACAAGCAUCUGCACGUUUUUAUCAGUGUUAUCACACUUUGACAUUGUUCUUCAAAAUACAUCAGAGAGGAAGCCAGCUUUGAAGAAAGCCCUCAUAGUUGUUCUACAGUGGUGUUUCAACCAUAAUUUCAGCGUUCGACUGUAUGCAUUAGUUGCCCUUAAAAAAGUCUGGGGUAUGUGCAGAAUGUUGCAUGUGGAAGAAUUUGAAGCUCUGACACCAGUUAUUGAAUCUAGCCUUCAGCAAGUGGAAAACAUGCAUGGCACUGGGUUAGUAAUAAGGAACUGGCAGCGAAUUCAAGAUCAUUUCUUCUUUGCAACAUUUCAUCCACUUGAGGAUUAUAAUCUAGAGACAAUAUUUUACACUCUUCCCCGCCUUUCGGAACUUGCUGAAGACGAAUGGAUCUCGCUCGCUAAAUUUGACAGGUUCACUGAUGUCCCUUUGCCAUCAACAUUUCAGUGGUAUCAUUCUCGAACAGAACUUCUUGAUCUGAAACCAAGUGACUGGUCUCAGCAAGACAUGGGUUCAAAUUCAGUUGAAACAGAUAGCCAGACAGAAUGGACUGAUGUUCAGAAAAAGAUCAUACCCUGGAAGAACAGUACUCCGAGUUUAGACCUGGAAAUGGUAUUUCAGGAUCGUGCUGCUAAACUUGGUAAAUCAAACAGUAGACUGAUUGUGGUGGCUUCGCUUAUUGAUAAACCUACCAAUUUAGGAGGUUUAUGUCGUACAAGUGAAAUAUUUGGGGCAUCUGCACUAGUUGUCGGCAGUCUUCAUUAUAUACAGGAUAAGCAGUUUCAGCAUCUUAGUGUUUCUGCUGAGCAGUGGCUCCCCCUUCUUGAGGUGAAACCAUCUCAGCUUGUUGAUUAUUUACAGCAGAAAAAAACGGAAGGCUACACUAUUAUUGGUGUGGAGCAGACAGCUAAAAGUUUUGAUCUUACAGAAUACUGCUUCCCAGAGAAGUCACUAUUAUUGCUGGGAAAUGAACAUGAAGGAAUCCCAGCAAACUUGAUUCACCACCUGGAUGUCUGUGUGGAAAUUCCUCAGCAGGGUAUUAUUCGAUCACUCAAUGUUCAUGUAAGUGGAGCUCUGCUGAUUUGGGAGUACACGAGGCAACAAGUUAUCAAGCAAAAACAAGAAAAAUAACUGCCAAGAGUUUCGUGCCUUACAGUCCAGCUGGGUGACUUACUAUGGUGCUACAUGAAAUUCUGAAUAGAUGAGAUACAAACUCAGGGUGAAUGAGGAUUCUUAACUUUUGCAUGUUUUGUCCUCUGUAGUUCAGACUGAUUUUUAAAUGCCUUAAUACUUUACCUCCUUAAAUAAAACUGUUGCAUUGGAAAUAAAUACUUAUUUAUAUUGCAUGUCGUGUGUGUGAUUUUUCUACUAGUAGAACAUCAGCAUGGUACCAUGAACAAUCCCAAACUAAAGCACAGGAUUUUUACUGCAUUUACUUUAUGACUGACUGUGCUUGUAUUUGAAGUGGUGCCUUCCUAUAAUGAUAAUCAAAACUUACUGCAGACAGAGUAAAGUACUUGAUGCCUCCAGCACCUAGGUAUACUAGAUUUAUAUAAACUUUGCAAGGUAAAUUCACUUACAUUAUUAAAAAUUGCCUGUGCUGCCCCUUGUUUAAAUGCUUUCCAUGGUCAAGUUUACUAAUCCUGUUGUAAGCAAGUCAGUAUUUUUAAUGGAGUUGCAUCAGUAAGGUAAUCAAAACCGCUAAAUUACACAAAAGGCCAUAAUGAGAGAAUCACGAUGGAUAACUGCCAUAUUUCUAACAGAGAUACUGAUUGAAAACUGUUACCUCUAAGGUAAAAAUUCCUAUUGCUUAUAAAAGAGUGUACUCACAUAAUUUACUUAUUUUAUCAUAUGCACAGGAUGCAUUAGGUUUUCUAAUGCUUGCUGUUUUAUAAACUGAUCUCUGACUUAAAAUGGAUUUUAAAAUUCUUAGAAAUACUUGAUAAAUGACAAAUACAGAUUACAUUAUACCGCCACCUCCUUAUGACAAGGAGGGGAAGUUGGAAUGGUUUUUUUUUUUAAAAGGAAAAACUGGUUCACUUACUGAAAAACAAUUUUAUUGUUUUCUUUAGAAUAUGUACAUUAUGCUUAAUUAAUUUUUUCCUGUGAAACAAUUUGAUUAAUUACAUAUUCAAAACCUUAAGAUUUGUGAACAGCCCCGCACCAUGUUUCUUUGACUUACGAAAAAGUAGUCCGUGACCAUCUUUUUUUCAACAGAUGCAUGAUACUAUGCAACAAUACAGGCAGCCUGCAUUUCAGGGAGGGAGACAGGUUACCAGUUCUUGAGCUGAAGCAGCUUCUGUCGCUUUCUCAUGCUUCUCCCUUCUGUCGUUUAGAUGGAAGAUUAGAUUUAUUUUGAAAGCAGAGUACCUAAGACUUUCCAGCAGCUUCUGGAGGAUGAUACCCUUCUUUUUCCAGCUGUUUUUUAUAUUUUAAAAAGUCUCUUCUUUUAUCAAAGUAUUUAACCUGUUUAAAAAGAGAAAAAUAUUUGCCAGAAGAAACCAGCAGAGGAGGGGGCUUUGUGCAUCACAGGACAAAUGAAUAAAGUCUUUGAACACUGAACUUAACCAGUGUAUUCAGUUGAAAUCCUCCUUAAGAGUUUCUCACUCUGUUGAAGUGGAAGACUAUAGGUGGGUUGAGGGGUAUUUGGGUUUUGCAUUUUGUGGGUGGUGGUCUCAUUUUAAAAGCGAAUGAUGGUUUCCUGUUACAACCACUCCUGCUACUUCCACAGACAUCUAAUAAAAGUAGUAGUGCUAUUUUCACUGCUAUGAGCAGAAAUUAUUGGUAAUACAAAGAUAAACCAGCAGCUUUUCUAUGGUGUCAUAGACUACAUGACCUCCAAAUUCAUCGCCUAGAGCCACCAAUGUGCAUGGUGCAAAGCACUGGCCAAUGAAACCACCAGCGCUAGAGAUGACUUAUGGCAGAACUGCAGCACCCAAAGUAUAAGCCAGUACAGCAACUGCAAAUGUACCUGGUUCUUUUAACUGAUUUCAGUCUGCUAGCUCCAACAUGAACUGUUCAGCCCCUCAGACACUACAGUUGCUAAAAGGCAAUGCCUAUUAAAUUAAGAAUUGUAGCUUGAUCUUGGGAAGCUGAAAAGCGCAACAGGAAUGAGUUACAUGUAAUCAGACAGUUUACUGUGAAAUUAAGACUGCAUGAAGAAGGGUAUUUUUGCACACAAGAAGGUAUUGGAUGCCAGUCUUAAGAUGCCAUGCAACUGCACGCCCUGUGUGUCACCUCCCUUCCGUGUUAGCCUUUCUUCUGUAGCAGUGAUUUCUGUGCGCUUCUAAAAACUUCCGAGUAUCUUUUUGUACUUUUUAUUUUUUAGUUAUCUUAAACAAUAAGCCUGUACGCUGUACAGUUGCGUGUCUGAAAGUCUGAGUAUCUGAAAGUUUGAGACGGUAUUUUCUUUCCCCUUUGCGCUACCGUCCGUACUUCCCGGGCAGGCAGCAGUCCGCUCGGGAGUUCGAUCCCCGGGCAAGACCACAAGCGCCAAACCCAGUCCGGUUUGGCGAGGGUGCGAGGUCACCUAUGAGAAAGCAUACGACCGCAGGCGUUCUGCGCCGCAGGAAGCGGGAGCAGCCAUCCUUACGGGGGCAACGGCCACCGCCCGUCGGGGCCGUUACUCGGGUGCAAAGAAACGCUCUGCCGGGUUGGGGGGCGCGGCG